UCUAAUUGACGAUUAAGUGGGAGAAAUGUGUCUUUGCGAUAAAAAUACAUGCGAUAAAAAUACAUGGAACUUCUUGGAAACGCGAAUGCAUUAAAGUCCGUGUCUGGCAUAUUAUGGUUGUGCAUAGUGGGUCUCAGUGGUCUUGUGCAUCAUGACAUACAACGAUUGGAAGCCGAUAAACUCUGUAAACUGUGCUAAGCUUUAUUYAGACGUAUAUUUCGGGAUACAACUGAAUUGUUUGAUCGGAACAAGAAACUUUCAAUUUCCGAGCGAUUAAUUGAAUCCAAUAAACAAGUUAUCGAGCAUUUGUGGUUGGUUGGUUGRGUUGAAUAAAAAUCGACCACCUGAGGGCUCAUUCAAAGUGUCUGAAAUGACGCCACGAAAUUGAGUGUAACAAUUUACAGUUUACUAACUCUCGCGAUGAAAACAGGUAUUAUACACAAACAUUUACGUAUUAUACAAGCCACAAAAAAAGAAAACAACUCUAAAAACAAUGUUUUACAAUCACAGACAAACCAACUCUGUACGAGUGACGUUUCAGUGGAAAAUAACAACUUCGCUCCAAUGGACAAGAAAUUCAAGUCGGGAUCGACGAAUAAAGUAGUCAGUUUUACAUGGAGUAAAAAGGUAACUCGUCCUAUAAGUGGAUCAGAAGUGCUUUCCGGGAUCAACACAGAUGUCGAAGAAUUAAAUCUAAAUCAAGCUACGGCAAAGUCCGCUUCUGGAAGUGAAAAACAACUUGAAAAAGAACGGAGAAGUCGAACGGAAUCAGAUAAAACGAAAUUAUCAACAGUUGAAGAAGAUUCCUUUGAGUCAAUGAAGGACAAAAUUGCUUGCUUUGUGAGUUACUUAGAAAGCGACACGGAUUCUCACUCCGAUACGGAACUUUCCCAGCUGCGAGCAGCUAAAUGUGAAAAUAAACGAAGUGACCAAGGUAACAAAAGUGACGAAGAGAAUGAAACAAAGACAUCUCGCCUUAUGAAAGGRAAUCUUGAUUUAAAAAAGUCAAAAGAAAGCAAUGAGGGGACCCACUUUUUCGAGAAAACGUUUCAGCAAUUUACUACGAAAUGGGACAUGAAAACAUGUCCGUUAAGAGAAGGUGUCAUAGCGGAGUAUUCUCACGCACCUGUUACUAAUACAUUCAGUAAGGACUAUGACGUUACGAAGUCGACAAUAUGCUCCAAUGGUACUCCACACCUACAUAAAGCUACAACUAGGUUAAAUGCUAAUGAAAACAAUACUUUAUCUAUAGACAAUCUUGAUGAAGAUAACGAUAAAGAAGUUUCGUCUUUACCACUGAAUGCCUUAACACCAGAAUCCAUCGGUAGAUGUGUUGAAAAUAACACUUUAAUUGAAGAAAAUAGUUUUCUUCCUUYUAUAAUGAAACAGGGAGAUUGGAAGAGCACUGCGUUUUCAGCUUGUGAAGUUUUAGCGGCAGUACAGGAUAAAAGAUCAGAUGGAUCAAAAGCUGAAAGUUCGCUGAAUGUCAACCAAUUGAAGGAGRGCAGAGAGCAUUCUUCGCCAGGUGGGCAUAAAUGCAGUGAAAAGACCUCAAAAGAAGAAUACGGAGACUCUAAACAAAGAGAGAUGCAUAGAAUAGAUGGAAGUGACGUCGAGAAACGUCCUUUCCUUCUGACAACUAAUAUUGGAACAUCUCAUGUAAAUAAGUGCGAAUCGUUGAGCGUCGAAAAAAAAAUUAACACAAGAGUAGAGUCGAAGAAUUCAAAUAGAAUUAGACCUGUCAAUGAUUUAACAACAGGCCAAUCAUACAAGGGAGACGUUGAUAAUGAAUGUACUACGCUAGUAAAAAAAAGCAGCCUUCCAGCUUCAUCAAAAAACCCAACAGUCAAAGGAAGAAAAGUGUUUUGUAAUGAGUGCGAGACUGACUCRUCCUGUGAACACGAUGAAACGGCUGGCAUUCUAUCACUAGAGCCGAAGUCAAAGUCAAUUGUAAACAGCAGUUCUACACAUAAAAACAGAAAAGAUAAACCAGAAUUAAAAUAUUUCAAACAAGACUAUAAAAAAGAUAGAAAGAGAAGUAGAAGCAUCUCUUCAGAAAAAGACCGCAGAUCUAGAAGCUUAUCRUCCGAGCACAGGAAAUCGAAAGGAAGUCCAAUUCGCAAUAGAAGAAUCCGACGAAAAUAUCAAAAUCCUCAAGGACGGCGAAAGAUGGCCAGUCAUUCUAAAAAUKGCAGUUCAUUUAGAUCAUCAUGGAUGGACAAUAUCGUAGUAAAAAUUGCUGAUCCCCCUAGACCAGCUAGAAAGAGAAGAAAUGCGCCUUCCUGCGAAAAAUCCGAUUUUCUGSGUCAAAGAAGAAGAAAUCGAAGCCCCGAAGUACGAAACGAACCGUCCCAUAUUCGAGAGAGAUCGACUCGCGAUGAACAUAGGGAUGAAAKAGCCGUCAAAAGACGCAGGUGGACGUAUGAUGACUACGAACGGACAAGCGAUGGACGACUUCGACGAAAAUCAUCGUAUGCUCUUGAAAGAGCAGAAACUGAGGAAAAUCACCAUUGGAAACGAUAUGACGACGAGAGCACUAUGCCUUACCAAGGAUAUGCAGACAGUCAAGUCCAGUCRCUUUUAAGACAGCUGUGUCAAAACUACAUCACUCAACUCUACCCUUCAAAAYCAGCCGAGAAUCGGGUAAAGUCGAAGUCACCUCAAGUUAUUUCAGGUGGAAACAAACUAAAACCUCAUCGAAGUUGGUAYAUGUCCCUCAAGGACUGGGUUUCAUACGACGGAGAGACGUGUAAAAAGGAGGGUYUAGGCAAAGCAUCAAAAACACAAAAGGCUGUAAAGAAUUCCGCAACGAACAAGAAACAACAAAAAAGUGCACCAAAACAACAAAGCCUUAUUUCAGAUGACACUAAAGACCGCGACAUUAGUGCCAUAACAGACGGGGAAAGCAAUGAAAUUCAGUCUAAAAAGAUCAUCUACAAAAAUAGUAACAUUUGCUCCGAUGACAAAAAUGAUAUCUCAACAAAUCAGGACACUGCAAAGACUCUUACUAAGGAUCAAAAGAUUGAAACUAAAGAACCGAAAAAUGCCCCUAAAAAUACCAGUUCUACAAAUGAUAACCAUGCAACAAUGGCGAUUGAUGAAAUUUCUGUCGCUGGUCAGGCUAGCAAUUUGGAGGAUGAUUMUGGCUCGUUCAUAAAGCAAAAACCUUUCGACAAGAAUGCAAAGCAAGAAACCACCUCAAAGACCUUAGCCAAUACUUCUGAGCAGAACUCACAGUUGAUUAAGACUGAUAAACAUUUGAUGCAAUCUGAUUUGACUGAAGAAGCAGAAAAACAAAAGAAGUCAGUUGAAGAAGAUAAACAAAUAAGAUCAACACACUCAAAACCUGCAAAAACGAACGGUGGUAUUGGUAAUGAAGAUUUGGAUAACCUCUCAAAUACAGAAAGCGUUCUAACUCAUAACCUACAUUCUACCAAGGAUAGAGGCAGCUUUGAGAAAUUCGCCUCGGAUACUUUUGCGAUAUGUAACUUGAGUAAAAAUGUUACUUCCAGUUUUGGAAAUAUGAAGAAUGAUUUGAUAGUGACAUUGACGCCAUCGUCGUACUUGUACACUGAAAACAACAUCAAAGAAAAACCUGUUGCGCAUGCCUCGUACAGUCAGAAUGCAGAUAGUCAGGGAAUCUUUGUCCCUACAUCAUCUUCGUUUGCGAAAACCACUAAUAUUUCAUGCAAUACUCUAUGUUUUCACUUUGAUUUUGACUAUUAUGAUACUGCGUUGACUGAUUCGACCGCAAUGGUUCCAGGCUCCUCAGUGAGUGGGUUAGGCAGUGGUACUGAUAUAGAUUGCGCGCAAAGCUUUGAUUCAAAGAUGAAUGGUGACAAAGCAGUUAAUGAUGUUACAAUUGAAGAACUAGAGAAGGUAGAGGCUCCACUUCAGGCUAUUGUUCAUCAAACAAGUAACAUUGCAGAUAUAUUACACACCAGUCAAGACACAGAAUCAUCGGGAACAAAAGACAAUAAUUCCAUAUUGCCGCUUUCAAGUCAUUCUCAGGAUCCAUCCGAUAAGAAUGAAUCUAUUACAGAGUCUAAAGAACUAAACAAUCUUCCUCAACUAGAUCGUGGUUCUUUUCGAUGUCACAGUGUUGCUGAAACGUCAACAAAAAGUCAUUCUCAGGAUCCAUCCGAUAAGAAUGAAUCUAUUACAGAGUCAAAAGAACUAAACAAUCCACCUGAACUAGAUCGUGGUUCAUUUCGAUGUAACAGUGAAACGUCAACAAAAAGUGCGACAAGCAAUACCAACGAGAAAACUUCUAGUUCCUGUGAGCCCGAGAUUCUUGUCCAUAAGGACCUCCUGACGCACCAUAUUGGAAGCUAUAGUCAACAAUCUCCAUCAGCUGAAAAAUCUCAAUUGAACUCAGAAAGUGAUACCGCGAAAAUUCAGUCUACAGACACAAAUAACAAUAGUACUACGUUAGAAAUUCCUCUUGCAGCAUCAGAGCACGACCCAUCCAGUGGUACCGUGAGUACGGUAUCCAAUUCGGUCAUAAAUACCGCGUUAACAAGGGAGACGCAUUUGACAAGAGGAGGGGAUGUCGGUGUCGCUGCAGUGAUCAAACCAAUAAUUCAAACUAAUGAAAAAAGUGUUACUGAUGAAUUAAAGUGGCCAAGAAUAGAAAAAGUUCAAAGCACUCAACCGCUAGUUAAUGUCCACAAUCGUCAUGAUGCUCAUUCUGACAAUUAUGRAAUUCAUUUUGAUGCAACAAGCGACGAAAGUCGAACAUACAAACUUCAGCCGCAAGGCAAUACGCGUGAUUGGGGCGAAAAUUAUUCUUCUGUACCCAAUAGCUUUACCUUUGAUCCCUCACAUUCGCAGCAUUCUACAGGUUAUUUCAACCAGCCAGCUAUGAAUUACAGGCAGGACAUUAGUCCUCCCUCCAAYCAGGGCAGUAGAUUUAUAACAACUUUUUCAAACUACACCAGAGUUGUCAUCAACAGAUCGCUGAACGAACAAGGAGUGCCGUUUGUACCGCAAGACGACCAACAGUGCCUUCCAAACCCACAGUUUACACAAUUGCAACCAGAUUUUACCAAUCAGCAAGUAAAUCAAAUAAAUUCUGCCGCGCAGUCUAUCCCACUUCAGCGGUUUACCCCAUUGCAACAAGCAGAAUCGUCAAACCAGCAAGUGAUCCAAACGAAUUGUGACACGUACCAGCGGUUUACCCCAUUGCAACUGGAAUCAUCCAAUCAGGAAGUAAAUCCUUAUAUGCAGUCUUUUCUACAUCAGAGGUUUACUCCUUUUCGACCUGAAUUAACCAAUCAGCAACUAAUACAAAUGGAUUCGUACCAGCGAUGUGUCCCAUCCCAAGAAUCAAACAAUCAUCAGGGAAAAGUUGAUGCUCUGCCUUACCCAUACUUAACAACUCCCGAAAGCAGCCCUUGGGAUUCUCAUGUAGAAGGCGCGCAAUUUGAAAGACGUCAGCAGCACGAAGUGCAAAUAAAUUCGUUUGUAAAUAAUGGAAAACAAUUCUACCAGCCAAAAGAAUUUUCUACACAACACUUCCAAACAAUGAAGCAUAUUAGUCAACAACAGCAGCCUUAUCGUCACUAUAAGCUGCACGAACCGCAGCAGAUACAAAAUCAGCUACAACAGCAGAAGCAACAACAACAACAACAGCAGCAACAACAACAGUAUCACCUUCAACAGCAGCAACAGCAACAGCUACAACAACACCAGCUGCAGGUGCAGCAACAUCACCAACAACAGCUACAACAACAUCAACAACAACAGAUGAUACAACAUCAUAAUCUACAAGAUCAACAGCAACGUUUUCAUAAGGAUUUGUCUCAGUUUCAUCAUGAAAACUAUCAGAAUUCAGAUACUAGUAAAACGCAAUAUGGGUUACAACUACAACAAAAUAAACAGCACGUUCAACAACAGCAAAUUCUUGGUUCGUCCGGACAAAACCGAAGUAGUGAGSAAUGGCAUUCAGAAUUCUUACAGUCUAUUCCAAAUAAAACACGUGAUAUGUCCCAGAUUCCAUGGGGACAGCAUGCUUUGGACCGUCAACAUCAAAUCAAUAUAUUAUCGACCAACUCGCAGCGAAUGCCUAUAAAUCCUCUUUAUGAUAAACGGUGAUACAGUACAAGUCUAGUGGGAAAUCACUACGAGAAAAGACGACGAACGGGAAGAUCACCAACGAUUGUGAAGGAACAUCAAGUUGUAGUAAAAAARUAUAACUAAUUUAAGGACCAAUACUCAYAUUCUUYCUAUGCUUCYGUAAUGCAGACGUACUGGGCUGCAAGGCAGUGGAUUGUAUCUCUCUUUAUAUGCCCAGUUGUACAACGAUGGAUGUACAGUCAUUGUACAUAAAUACUUGAUAUCGAGAAGUAUUAGUUUAAAAAGGUUUCUGAUUAAUUUAAUUUUCAUAUCAGAAUAUUAUUUAUGAUGCUACAAUUUAAAAGGGGCAGGGUAAAAACAAGACAAAACAAAAAAAAUAAAAAAAAACAAAAAAAAAACAGGAAAGAAAGAAAAUCUAAAAAAAGAAGAGCACGAUCGUGCAGGGGCUCGAACCCUUGACGGAUAAAAUGAAAAAGGUUGGGACGAUUCCCCCGAGACAUUCUGUGAAGCUGAGGCGUCGAAUCGAUUUACAUUCCGGUUAGAGAUUUCGGCUCUUCCAUGCUAUCCCGAUAAUUGG